CCUCCUCGCCCCCCUCCCCUUCCCCUCGCAUCCUUGGAAGCAACAAUUAAGCAGCUCUGGGAUAAAACACACAGCCCGCGGGAGCACGGGGGCAUUGCUUCAAGAGAUGGCAAGGCAGGCAGCUGCACCCCUCCUCCCCGGAGUCCUCCUCCUCCUCUCCAUCCUCCCGGCUACUCAGCAAGGAGGGGUUCCUGGUGCUAUCCCGGGAGGGGGAGUCCCAGGAGGAGGCUUUUUCCCAGGUGCUGGAGUUGGAGGUUUGGGAGCAGGACUCGGGGCUGCAGGGAAACCUCCCAAACCAGGGGUCGGAGGACUUGGGGGACUCGGCCCCCUUGGCCUGCAGCCAGGUGCUGCGGGUCUGUUCCCUGGAGCCUUCCCCGGGGCGGCGUUCCCGGGAGCCGCCUCGGCCGCGGCGCUCAAGGCUGCAGCCAAAGCUGGUGCUGGCAUUGGAGGCGUGGGUGGAAUUGGUGGUCCUGGUGGCCUCGGGGUCUCCACAGGUGCCGUGGUACCGGGCGCGGUGCAGCCCGGCCUUGGCGCGGCAGGGAAACCCCCUAAAAUACCAGGUGCUGGGAUUCCUGGAGCUUUUCCGGGCGGCGUGCUCCCUGGUGCAGGCGUUCGCUUCCCUGGCGUGGGAGUGCUGCCCGGAGUCCCCACUGGAGCUGGAGUCAAGCCUAAAGCCCCAGGAGUUGGAGCCUUUGGAGGAAUUCCUGGACUGGGAGGUUUUGGAGGUCAGCAGCCUGGUGUCCCUCUGGGUUAUCCCAUCAAAGCUCCUAAGCUCCCAGGUGGCUAUGGACUGCCCUACACUAAUGGCCUCAGGCCCGGCGGGAUAGGAGCCGGCCUCCUGGCAGGAAAGGCAGGAUACCCCACCGGGACAGGGGUCGGAGCACAGGCAGCAGCAGCGAAGGCAGCAGCAAAACUUGGAGCCGGGGUCUUGCCCGGCGUUGGAGGCAUCCCAGGAGUUGCGCCCGGUGUCGGCAUCGGCGGUGUCCCAGGAGUUGGGGUCGGAGGACCAGCAGCGGCGGCAGCAGCGGCGAAGGCAGCGGCAAAGGCGGGAGCUUUUGGUCCAGGGGCAGUGCCCGGAGUCGGAGGUGUCCCUGGCUUGGUGCCCGGAGUCGGAGGUGUCCCCGGGGUGGUGCCCGUGUCGGAGCUGUCCCCGGGGUGGCAGGGGUGCCGUCGGCAGCAGCAGCAGCAAAGGCAGCUAAGUACGGCGCCGGCGUUCCCGGUGUCGGUGUGGGUGGCGUCCCCGGCCUCGUGCCCGGUGUCGGAGCUGUCCCCGGGGUGGUGCCCGGAGUCGGAGCUGUCCCCGGGGUGGUGCCCGGAGUCGGAGCUGUCCCCGGGGUGGCAGGGGUGCCGUCGGCAGCAGCAGCAGCAAAGGCAGCUAAGUACGGCGCCGGUGUUCCCGGUGUCGGUGUGGGUGGCGUCCCCGGCCUCGUGCCCGGAGUCGGAGCUGUCCCCGGGGUGGUGCCCGGAGUCGGAGCUGUCCCCGGGGUGGCAGGGGUGCCGUCGGCAGCAGCAGCAGCAAAGGCAGCUAAGUACGGCGCCGGUGUUCCCGGUGUCGGUGUGGGUGGCGUCCCCGGCCUCGUGCCCGGAGUCGGAGGUGUCCCUGGGGUGGUGCCCGGAGUCGGAGCUGUCCCCGGGGUGGUGCCCGGUGUCGGAGCUGUCCCCGGGGUGGCAGGGGUGCCGUCGGCAGCAGCAGCAGCAAAGGCAGCUAAGUACGGAGCUGGCGUUCCUGGCAUCGCUGGCAUUCCUGGUGUUCCUGGCGUUCCUGGUGUUCCUGGAGUUCCCGGUGUCCCUGGUGUUCCAGGUGUUCCUGGUGUGCCUGGGGUUCCUGGUGCUGUUCCUGGUGUUGGAGUUGGUGGCCCGGCAGCAGCGGCCGCAGCCAAGGCUGCAGCGAAAGCAGCGGCGAUCGGAGCAGGACGUGUUCCUGGUGUUGGUGUUCCCGGUGUUGGCGUUCCAGGUGUUGGUGUUCCCGGUGUUGGCGUUCCCGGUGUUGGCGUGCCUGGAGUGGGUGUGCCAGGUGUUGGCGUGCCCGGUCUGGUGCCUGGGGUCGGCGUUCCAGGAGGUCCGGCAGCCGCUGCCAAAGCAGCCGCCAAAGCAGCCAAGUACGGAGCAGUUGGCCUGGCUCCUGGUGUGGGUGGCCUGGCUCCUGGUGUGGGUGGCCUGGUUCCUGGAGUAGGUGGCCUGGUUCCUGGAGUAGGUGGCCUGGUUCCUGGUGUUGGAGGUGUCCCAGGUGUUGGAGGUCCAGCAGCAGCAGCCAAAGCAGCAGCCAAGGCAGCCAAAUUUGGUGCUGGGGUUGGAGGGGUGCCAGGGGUGGUGCCUGGCGUGGGCGGAGUGCCUGGAGUGACACCCGG